UAAUCAGAUUUGUUUAAUAAUUUACUAGAUGCAUAUUCAUGCAGGUUUCCAGAUUUGGAACAUCAGCGGCAGUGAAAGUGUGCAUGCACAUGAUAACAUGUCAUCGCUCAUAUGAGACGCUUUCACUCUCGCGGUAGGUGCGGGUGACGCGUCGCUUCAGCCUGAUCGCCGUGAAAGCACAGGAUCGCGGAACGUCACGUGUCUCCGGUGGACAUCAGAGGAGCGCAAAGUUCCCGACGUUCCAGAUGGGAAGAGCGGGAACGCUUUCGCAAGCAGAGGGACCGAAGGACAUCACCUGAGACCGAUGUUAUUCACACGCGCGCGCUUCACGGCAGACGCACGCGGCGCCGCAGGAUGCGUGCAUGCGGGAAUUUAACGUUUCCAGCGUUGUUGCAAUGCGGCGGGGAGGAAUCUGAUGAGAGCAGGGAUCUGGGACGGUGAAGGCUGGGAUUCUGCGCUUGCUGUAUCUGGAUCCAGACCUCUGAUCGUGCUCUCUCUCUCUCCGGUUGCGCAUCGCGCGUUUCGGCGCUCAUUGAAGCCGCGACGAUGACCACCGCGGGUCAGGAGCAGCAUCAGCAUCAGGACCGCACCAUGACGACGAUCUCCAAGAAAUCCAUCAUCGCCAAGAUGUUCAAAGUGCGCAAGAGGAGGGAAAUGCUGCUGGCGCAGGUGUGUUUGGUCUGCAGCGUUCUGUUCGUGGCGUGGGGCAUGUCGAGCAUCCUGACCAGGACAGGUCAUGGUAUGAUUGUGGAGGAGUCUGAUAUGGAAUCACAUGAUCACUGGGGUCGACGGCUGAUGUCCUCCACAGCUGAUAAUGUGACGGAGCAGAAGAACUGCACAGAGCCAGCCAUCCAUGAAUUUCCCAAUGAUAUUUUCACCAACGAUGAGCGGAAGAGCGGCGGUGUACUGCUGCAUAUUACGGCGGCCCUCUACAUGUUCCUGGCCCUGGCAAUCGUGUGCGACGACUACUUCGUGACGUCUCUUGAGAAAAUCUGUGAGAAGCUGAAUCUGAGCGAGGAUGUGGCUGGAGCCACGUUCAUGGCGGCGGGGAGCUCAGCACCCGAACUCUUCGCUUCUGUUAUAGGUGUCUUCAUCACUCACGGUGAUGUUGGAGUCGGAACGAUCGUGGGCUCUGCCGUCUUUAAUGUCCUCUGCAUCAUCGGAGUUUGUGGGAUCUUUGCUGGACAGGUGGUCUACCUGACCCGGUGGGCUGUUUUCCGUGACUCUUUCUUCUACAUAUUGUCUGUAAUUGCUCUAAUUGUGUUCAUCUAUGACGAAAAGAUUGUGUGGUGGGAGAGUCUGGUGCUGGUGGUCAUGUAUGCUGUAUAUAUCCUCAUCAUGAAAUUUAACACAAGCAUGCAGAAGUUUUUCACAAGAGGAGGCAACAAGAACGUUGCCAAUGGAAACGCGGCGGCCGGCAGUGAACUGGAGGACGGUAAAGACAGUUUAGACUGUAACUGGGACGAUCUGUCAGUACCGCUGCUGGGUCCAGUCAAAUCCAGUAAGGUUUACAGUCGAGGUUCGGUGGUCAUGGUUGAUGAAAUCAUCAACGCCAGUCCUCCAAAUUACCGUUUCCCAGAAGCCGGUCUCCGCGUGAUGGUCACAAACCACUUCGGACCCAAGACUCGUCUGCGCAUGGCCAGCCGUCUCAUUAUAACAGAGCGUCAGAGGUUGGUCCAGUCGGCUAACGGUGUGGAGACGGCUGUGGUGGACGGCAAACCAGACAUCGAGAAUGGAAACGUGCCAGAAGACAAAACCACGGAAGAGAAAGAGAGUGAACUCACCUCACCGUUCAGAUUACCAGACGGCUGUAUGAACAGAACUAAAUGGCUGAUCUCUUGGCCGUUGUUGUUGAUCCUGUUCUUCACCAUCCCAAACUGUGCCAAGUCUCGCUGGGAGAAAUACUUCAUGUUCUCCUUCAUCCUCUCCACCGUCUGGAUCGCCGUCUUUUCCUACUUCAUGGUGUGGAUGGUGACGAUCAUCGGAUACACGCUCGGCAUUCCCGACGUCAUCAUGGGCAUCACGUUUCUGGCGGCGGGCACGAGCGUCCCGGACUGCAUCGCCAGCCUGAUCGUGGCUCGUCAAGGUCUGGGAGACAUGGCCGUGUCCAACACCAUCGGCAGUAACGUCUUUGACAUUCUGGUGGGGCUCGGCCUUCCCUGGGCGCUGCAGACCAUGGCAGUCGAUUAUGGAUCAGUUGUGAUGAUAAACAGUCGGGGACUGGUUUACUCCGUAGUGCUGCUGCUGGGAUCUGUCGCGCUCACCAUUCUUGGGAUUCAUCUGAACGGGUGGAAGCUGGACUUCAAGCUGGGCGUUUAUGUGCUGGUUCUGUACGCCAUCUUCCUCUGCUUCUCCAUCAUGAUCGAAUACAACGUCUUCACCUUCGUCAACCUGCCCAUGUGUCAGGAAGACUAGACUCCGUAUCCCAGAAUGCACCGUCCUGAUGUCACGAGCUCCGUUCUUGCACUCCAGAACCAUCAUCACCUCAGACUGGACGAAUGCUAGUCUUCAUUAGCACCAACGCUUUAUUCAAGCUUCUUUCCUUCGACUCGUCUCACUGUGGACGGACGGAUACGAUCUUCCACUUCAGCUCAUUUUCCUGAUUUUGACCCCUCCUUGGCAGCUCUUCUCUUCCACUCGAGAUCUUUAAUAUCUCAGAAUGCAUGGCAAAUACGGAGCGUAUGGACGCCUGGAUAAGCAUUCGUCCUUUUCUACAUGCCUAUACUGAUCUGUUUCUUUUUCUUGUCUAACCACCGAAUCUCUUCAUGCUCACACAACUGUGAAUCUUUUGCAGCAUAUCGCUUUUUUGGCUUAGAAAUAAGAAAAAUAUUUGGAAAUGCAAGAGAAACUACCAUUUUCUGUUAGUAUUGUGUGUCCUAAUCAGGUACGAUCGUCCAUGCAAAUCAGUGCAAUCUCAUUGGUCUAAAAAAUCUGCAUGUUAAUCAGCAACAGUGUUGCAGCUGGCUGUGAUUGUCGCAGCGUUGACUCUUUCAUUGCAGAUGGACUAAUUACUUGUCGUUGGAAGCGUGUCAUGCCUGAUUAGGACACAUGCAUGGUUAUUCUGCAUAAAACAUUUUCAUAAUCAGUAUUCUUGAUCUUGUUUUUUAUUUUUUAGUAGAAAUAUCUAAACAUCCUUAAAACAAGAUAAAUUUACCUGGAAAUAUUAAGACAUCGAGUUCUUAAGAGUUUGCAAAGAAUAUGUGACCCUGGAGCACAAAACCAUUCUUAAAUCGCUGGGGUAUAUUUGUAGCAAUAGCCAAAAAUACACUGUAUGGGUCAAAACUAUUGAUUUUUCUUUUAUGCCAAAAAUCGUUAGGACAUUAAGUAAAGAUCAUGUUCCAUGAAGAUAUUUUGUAAAUUUCCUGCUGAAACUAUAUCAAAACUUAAUUUUUGAUUAGUAAUAUGCAUUGCUAAGAACUUCAUUUGGACAACUUUAAAGGUGAUUUUCUCAAUAUUUAGAUUUUUUUGCUCCCUCAGAUUCCAGAUUUUCAAAUAGUUGUAUCUCAGCCAAAUAUUGUCAGAUCCUAACAAACCAUACAUCAAUGGAAAAUUUGAAAUGAAAAAUUGACCCUUAUGACUGGUUUUGUGGUCCAGGGUCACAUAUAUCUUCAAUUAAGUACAUUUUAAUUAGUUUCUUAUAUCACUUGCAAAUUUUUUCAAGCAUAAACUUGAAUAUUUAGUUAAAAGCAUAAACCUGACUUAAUUUAAUUAGAUUUAUUCUGAGAAAAGGAUGAACAAUAUUUAAAAAUACAAGUGAAAUUAAAGUAUUGCACAUCAUCUAUUACUGUAUUGUAAAAAAAAAAAAAAAAAAAUUGCAAAGGAAGUUCAGAACAACUUGAAGAUGUUAAGACUUUGAGUUAUUAAGAGUUUUCAAAGUAUAUAUAUAUAUAUCUUCAAUUAAUUUGAUUUUUUGGGGGGCAAAUUGUUAAAAUCACAAAUCUGACUAAAUUAAGUUUAAAUAUUUAAAGACGCAAGAGCAAUUAAAGUAUUGCAUGUCAUCCAUUGCUAUUGUAAUAAGAGUAAAAAAAAAUGUGGUUCAAAUUUAAAUACUAGAAGAUAUUUAGACUUUGCAUUGUGAGAAAAAUCAACUUGCUUCAAAUUUUGUUUUAAUGAUAUUUAGACAUUUUAGAAAAGCAGACAUAAAUACUGAUAAUGAAUAAUUUAGUUUUUGCAUAUAAAUUGUAGAAUUUGUAUAUUUUUAAUUACAAAAAGCAAUGUUCCUGUUUCAUGAUUUUAGGAGGUUUUGCCGUAGCCUCUUUGAGGGCUCUGUGAAUAUAAACUUGCCUGUGAAGAGAUUUAAUCAUAUUUAUUUAUAGAUGAGCAUCUGCGAUGUGGUUUCUGGUGGUUUUGGUCUAGUCUUAUACUCUUGAGGGGCUCUUUCAUUGUGAAAUGUAGAAAUUAGCACUUUAAAGCAAGCAAGCGAGCGGUUGGGUCUCAAUCAGAAGUGCUUCCCUCUGUCAGACGUGUGUGUUUGUGUGUAGGUGUUUGUGUGUGUGUAUUUGUGCACAUCAGGGGAAGAUCUUUGGACAGUCCCUCAUCUGACCAAUCCACGCACUGCAAAAAAAAUCAGAUUCUUCCUCUGUACUUCUGUCUUGUUUUCCAGUACAAAUUUAAAAAAAUACUUAAUUCAAGAUACAUUUACUUGAGAAGCAAAAUGAAAGAUAUGAAGUCUUUGUUACUGAAAAAACAAAAAAAAAGACAAAACUAAAUCCAUUUUGAUCAAUAAUGCAAACAAGCUUAAGCUUUUUUUCCCCUUAAGCUUAAACUCACUCAUCUUUGAUAAUUUUUUCAAAAAACAGUUUUGCUUUAUAAAUCUUUUUUUUUUUUUUAAUGUUUAAAAAUAAAGUUAGUUUUUGCUUAAAACAAGAAAACAUCUAAAAAAAAAAAAAAAAAUCUAUUUUCAGAAAACAAGAUUUGAGAAGUGACAAAGUCUUGUUUUCUUUAAAAAAAACAAAAACAAAGUAUCAAAAUUAAGUUGGAAAUCUUAUUUUUUGACCCCAUUGGCAGAUAUUACCACUUGUUUUUAAUUAAUUAAAAUAUUAGGUCUUUUUUUCUGAAAAAUCAAAAUUAAGUGAGUUUAAGCUUAAAACAAGAAUAAGUGUCUGGUAAAACAAAAUUUUUUUUGACCCUGUUGACAGGUACUUUUCUCAUUUUAAAGAAAAACUCACAUUUUUCAUGAAACAAGUCAUUUUGCUUCUCAAAUAAAUGAUUUGAGAUUGAUUUAAGAAUGUAUUUAUACUAGAAAAUGAGCCAAAAACACAAAGGAAGGUCUUUUUUUGCAGUGUGAGCACAGCCACCAUCAGCACACGCCUGUGAGUGCAGUGCAUAGUGGGACGUUCCACUGAGGCGAUCUCUGGACAGUCGUCUCCAUGGCAACCAUGGCCCUUGCCCAUUUCCGACCCGGCAGCUACAGAACCAAACCUCCGCGGUCUUUCUCCCAUCAUGCGGAUCCAAACGUGACUCAAAGAUUGUGGAAAUCCGCAGCUGUUUUUGUGUCGGGAGAACGGGGUUAAUGCAAUAUAAGCACUGCACAGAGUCAUUUUUUUAUGAAUGUUGGAAGUGAAAUAGCAAUAGGAUGUGGACUUGCAGUGGACACUAUGCAGGGAGGAUGUGGCUGUGCUCUCCAGGGCAUUAACUUCCUCCUCACAGGGCGCUUCCAGACUCAAACACAGACUAAUGAGCUGCCUUGAACUUCUGAGUGGAAGACGAGCUUCAGUGAGACGUGAUUGAGACGGUGAAAGUGUUUAUUUUUUGGUUUAAGCACGUCUUGCGCAUCCUCCAAACUCAACUUCAUCCAGAGACAGUUACCGUAGUUCCUCUUGACUUUUCGCACAGACACUUCAUGUAUAUGCAUUUCUGACUGAUACAGGAACAUUUAAAGAACAAAACCAAGCAUAGAUGAAUAUUCUCUAGUGCCAUUUUGUAAUAAAAAAUGGGGUCAAAUCUCACAAAACAUGUCCAUGGUAUAUUUCACCCCGAAUCAAAAGCUGACGUUGUAUUUUGCACACGAAGUCUGUUUUUGUGCCAUUAAAAAUUGUUUAUUGUAACACUGAUUUAAAGAGAAUUAAGCGCAUUUCCCCCUCAAACUCUCAAUGUUUCAAUGUUUUUUUUCCCCAUUUUGAUUUAUUUUAUAAUUAUAAUGUAUUGAAGCCUUUUUGUUUCCACCCAAGAAUAAUUGUGAUUUUUAUCUCACAAUUCUGACCUUUCCCCCAGAGUUCAUUUAAAUCUCAAAAUUCUGACCUUUUUCUUCACAAUUUUUAGUUUACAUCUUGCAAUUUUAUUUAUUUAUUUAUUUAUUUUUUUUGUCAAAGGGUAAAAACAUUUAAAAAGGAAAAAAAAAAAAAUUGAGACUUUUCCCCUCACAAUUCUGAGUUCAAAUCUUGCAAUUCUGACUUUUUGUCCUCUGAAUUUUGUUUGUUCAGUUUAUCUCACAAUUCCCACUUCUUUUUCCUCAAAAUAGUAAGUUUUUAUCUCACAAUUUAAAUGUUUAUAUGUCACAAUUCCUACUUUCUGGAGAACUGCAUGAAAAAAGUCUGAAUUGUCAAAUAUAUUGUCAAAUUGUUUUUUAAA